CCUUAUGAUUCGAGACCAAUCCUAACUCAUUGCUGACCCCCCUUUUAACUUAUUUUGCUUAAUCACAAUGUCUGCUUCUAGAUUAUCAUCAUGCGUAGCAUUAGCUGCCGCCGCCUCCACGCUCCAGAACCGUUCGUACGCCGAUUCUCCAUUUUGGUUUCCGUUCUCCUCAUCCUCUUCUGGUUCGCGGGAAGAGCAAUCAUCAAAUGCGAAGGACGAGCCCGAGGAGCCCAAAGGGGCAGGGUUUGAUCCAGAGGCUCUCGAAAGAGGCGCUAAAGCUCUUCGCGAGAUUAACAACUCUCCUAAUGCCAAACGAGUUUUUGAUCUUAUGAGAAAGCAGGAACAAACAAGACUAGGUGAGUUAGAUGCUGAAAAAGCUCAUUAUGAAGCAAUACAAUCGCAGGCUGAUAUUGAAAGGCAAAGGAAGUUGGCUGAGGAGCAACGGAAUUUAAUGCAACAACAAGCUCAAGCAAAAGCGCAAAUACUACGAUAUGAAGAUGAGUUGGCUAGAAAAAGAAUGCAGACAGAUCAUGAAGCUCAGAGGAAACAUAAUGCUGAAUUGGUUAAGAUGCAAGAAGAGUCAUCUAUCAGAAAAGAACAAGCAAGACGAGCUACUGAAGAGCAAAUACAAGCUCAGCAACGCCAAACAGAGAAAGAGAGGGCUGAAAUAGAAAGGGAAACUAUAAGAGUUAAGGCCAUGGCUGAGGCUGAAGGACGUGCCCAUGAGGCAAAAUUGACAGAGGAUCAUAAAAGGCGGAUGUUAAUAGAAAGGGUGAAUGGAGAAAGAGAGAAAUGGCUUGCUGCAAUUAAUACAACGUUUAGUCACAUAGAAGGGGGAUUUAUAACUUUAUUGACUGAUAGGAAUAAGCUGCUUAUGACUGUUGGAGGAGUUACUGCAUUAGCUGCUGGUGUUUAUACGACAAGAGAAGGAGCUAGAGUCACAUGGGGUUAUAUUAAUAGGAUUCUCGGACAGCCAUCACUGAUACGAGAAUCAUCCAUCGCUAAAUUUCCAUGGUCGGGCAUGAUGUCUCAAGCAAGGAACCGAAUUAUAAAUUACAGUACAGCAGCACCAUUGGAAAGCAAAAAGAGUCUUCAGAAUGUUGUUCUCCACCCCUCACUGAAAAGGAGAAUAGAGCAUCUUGCUAGGGCUACAUCAAACACCAAAACCCAUCAAGCUCCUUUCAGAAACAUGCUAUUUUAUGGACCUCCAGGUACUGGUAAAACAAUGGUUGCAAGGGAAAUAGCACAAAAAUCGGGAUUGGAUUAUGCAAUGAUGACAGGAGGUGAUGUUGCACCACUGGGUGCUCAGGCUGUCACCAAAAUCCAUGAGAUAUUUGAUUGGGCUAAGAAGUCAAAGAAAGGUUUAUUGCUUUUUAUUGAUGAAGCUGAUGCUUUUUUAUGCGAACGUAACAGUAUACAUAUGAGUGAAGCACAGCGGAGUGCUUUGAAUGCAUUGCUCUUCCGAACUGGAGAUCAGUCAAGAGAUAUAGUUAUUGUGCUUGCCACAAACAGACCAGGGGAUCUUGACAGUGCCAUCACUGAUCGUAUUGAUGAGGUGAUUGAGUUCCCACUUCCUGAGGAGGAAGAACGAUUCCAACUUUUGAAGCUUUAUUUAAACAAAUACCUUGGUGGUGAAAGUGAUGGUAGUACAUCUAAGUGGGGUGCUCUGUUCAAUAAAAAAACACAGAAGAUAACCAUAAAAGAUUUGUCUGAAGAUGUGAUCCGAGAGGCUGCCAAAAUGACGGAAGGUUUCUCUGGCCGUGAGAUAGCGAAACUCGUGGCUAGCAUCCAGGCAGCCGUCUACGGCCGCUCAGACUGUGUAUUGGAUUCUCAGUUGUUUAAGGAAAUAGUAGAUUACAAGGUUGCAGAGCAUCACCAGAGAAUAAAAUUGGCAGUUGAAGGUGGUUUGCCAUCUUAGCUUUGCAUGUUUUCUAAGAAUGAAUUGCCUUAAUCUUCCUUUUUUUACGCUUGAAACCAUGGAUGUGGGAAUUUUGUUUUUGUUCUUACAUAUUUCGGCAGAUGGUCGAUACAUGAUUAGUAGUGUUUGAAUGAAAUUAUGGAUUGUAUUACGCUCA